AUGUCGACUGCUACAGAUCAACCGAUGGCGACAACAAUGACAAGUACGCUAGCGCCUGUACCAAACUCUAUUCCGCCGAAUCAUACACUCUAUGUGAAUAAUCUCAAUGGGAAAAUCAAGAAACAACAAUUAAGAAAAUCCCUCUACAACCUGUUCGUUUCUUAUGGUCGUAUCCAUGCUGUUGUUGCCAUGAAAGGUGUCAAAAUGCGUGGACAAGCAUUUAUCGUUUUCGAUGAUAUACAAAAUGCGACAAGUGCAUUACGCUCAUUGCAAAGUAUUAUGUUCUAUGGUAAACCAAUGCGUUUAUCAUAUGCGAAACGUGAUUCGGACGCAAUACGUAAUUCCAAGGAACAAAUUGCUGAGAAGACAGCAGCAUUAGCUGCCAUGAGUCAGCCGGAGCCUAAGCCACGUAAAGAGAAACCUCGUAUACCACCCCCACCAUCCCAACCACCACCAGAUCGUACUGUACACGAACAACAUAUCGCAAUGAUGAAUUCCGAAGAAGUCAAUCGCGCUGCUAAUGCUGUUGCCUUGGCUGAAGCUGAAUUACAAGAAUUACCAUUACGAGAUCGUACACGUCGAAUUCAAUCGAUUAUUGCUGCACAAACAACAAUGAUUGGUACUGCUGUUCCAAUGAUGACUGAAGUACAAUCGAAUUCGACACUAUUUGUGACAAAUCUACCUCAAGAAACAACAAAGGACGCACUUGAAAUGCUAUUCCGUCAAUUUUCAGGUUAUCUCGAUGUCCGACUCGUUCCUGGUCGUGAAGGAAUUGCUUUCAUUGAUUUUGAUAAUGAUGUCGGCGCCGCUUCUGCUAGAGAUGCUCUCAACGGUUUUAAGAUUUCGGCAACAAAUGCAAUAUCAAUUGUUCGCUUUUUCUUAUCUAUUCUAUAUCCAAUGAAUACAUUAGAAAGUCAAAACAAUCGACAAUCGGAAGAAUUAGCUGCUAAAGUCUCUCGACUUAAACAUAUUGCAUUCGAUAUCGAGAAUGAAACAAAAGAUCACAACCGUUUUCUUGAAAAUAUGCGUUUCGAUAUGUCUACUGCACGUAGUUUUCUCGGUGGUAGUACUCGUCAUUUAGGUAAUGUAAUGUCUAGUGGACGAGGCGAUCGUCGUGCAAUGUGUUACAUAGCUGGUGCUAUCAUUCUCGCUUUUUUGUUUCUCUACUAUGUUGUUAGUUCAUUUCGUACAAAAUGA